AUGAGGAGAAGAAGAAGAAGCCCGUCCCAUUCAGAUAAUAAUUACAGUAACAAUAAUAAUAUUCUGAAUUCUGCAUUUAAUAAACAUUCUAAUAAUACUAACAGUUCUCAAAACUUGAAUAAUGCAUCAAAUAAUGACGAUAUAAACUCUAAUGAACCAACCGAACCAGAUGAUAGUAGGUUGCUACCUACUACAAAAUAUAAUAAUACUGACAUUAAUACUGAUAUUGAUAUUAAUAAAGUUAGCAACGAAGCGAAACAGUGUCUAUCAACUUUUACUAAGACACAGGAUUCAUCUAAAAAGUCACAUAAGAGAUCAGCAUCUCCGGCUCCACCUAUCAAACCACCUUUAAUAUCAACGAAGGAUGUUCAACCCUUUAAUAUACCUAAUGCAAUACCUUUGACUUCUACUACUGCAACCAAUAUCGUCACUUCUUUACAGCCUAGUAUUGACAACAAUAUUAGAUUAAGUGCUAUUGGUAAUAACACUAAUACUAUUAAUACUAUUGACUCCACUGGUUUUUUCAAUUCACUAGAAUCAUUUUCCACUCCAUUUUCAUCUGUUUUCUCAUCCACAUCAACUAAUUCAUUCUAUUCUAAUUCAUCCUUUACACCUUCUUCAACAUUUUCUUUUAAAAAAUUUAGUUAUAAUAAUAAUGGAAAUAAUUCUAUUACUAAGCAAUAUAUUACAGAUGUGGCAUAUAAGACAAAAUAUAAUCAUUCAAUUUUUUUGAAAAGAUAUCCAAAUGACAGUUCGUCAAAGGAUGGUAUUAAUUUGGAUGAUAUGAUUGCAAAAUUAUUGAAAUUCAAUAACACUAAUGGAUCCAGUAAACGUAAGAAACACUCAUCUUCGUCUUCAUCAAGUUUCCCAAUUCAUUCAUGGGAAAUUCAAUUGAUUUGUUCUCAUGUACGUGAAAUUUUUCUUAUGCAACCCACUUUAUUGAAAUUACAAUCGCCUAUAAAGAUCGUCGGUGAUAUACAUGGCCAAUAUAAUGAUUUGUUGAGAAUUUUUAAAUUAAGUGGGGAUCCAUCAGAGACUAAUUAUUUAUUCCUAGGUGAUUAUAUUGAUAGAGGUCAUCAGUCAUUGGAGACUAUCAUGUUACUUUUCUGUUACAAGAUUAAAUAUAGAGACAAUUUUUUUAUGUUAAGAGGAAAUCAUGAGUCUGCUAAUGUUACUAAGAUGUAUGGGUUCUAUGAUGAAUGCAAAAGAAGAAAAUCUACGAAAAUAUGGAAAUGUUUCAUCGAUGUGUUUAAUUGUUUGCCAAUAGCUGCAAUGAUUCAAGAUAAGAUAUUUUGUAUUCACGGUGGGAUCUCACCAGAUUUGACCUCCAUGAAACAAAUCUCUAAUGUUUUACGACCAACGGAUAUUCCAGAUGAAGGUUUGAUUACAGAUUUACUAUGGAGUGAUCCAGACUCAAAUGUAACCACCUGGUCACCAAAUGAUCGUGGUGUUUCUUACACAUUCUCGAGAAAAAAUGUGUUGGAUUUUUGUUCAAGAUUCAAGUUUGAUUUGAUUAUCAGGGGACAUAUGGUAGUAGAAGAUGGUUAUGAAUUUUUCGCAAAGAAAAAAUUCGUUACUAUUUUUAGUGCACCUAAUUAUUGUGGCCAAUUCGGUAAUUGGGGAGCUGUGUUGAGUAUUAGUACUGGAUUGAUAUGUAGUUUCGAAUUGUUGAAACCACAUUCAAUAAAAAGAUAA